CCAUUCUUGUGUAGCUGUCAGAUUGUUUUUAAGGUGAAAAAAUACAAUGUCUGUGUUUGGCGAGGUUUCCCAAGCGGCACCCGUUGCCGUAUUUAAACUAACACAGGACUUCAAUAAUGACCAAUUUCCACACAAAGUCAACCUCGGUAUUGGGGCCUACCGAACAGACGAUGGCAAGCCAUGGGUUUUACCGGUGGUGAAAAAAGUGGAAAAGAUCAUCGCCAAUGAUGACAAGCUCAACCAUGAGUACCUAUCCAUCCUGGGUUUGCCGGAAUUCAGAUCCUCAGCAUCCAAAAUCGCGCUGGGAGACAGCAGCCCUGCUAUCUUGGAGAACAGGGUGGGGGCGGUUCAGUGUCUUGGUGGCACUGGUGCGCUAAAAAUGGGAGCAGAGUUCCUCAGACGUUUCUACAACGGAAACAACAACACAAAGACACCAGUCUAUGUGUCUGCGCCAACCUGGGAGAAUCACAAUGGCGUGUUCACCAACGCCGGCUUCGAGGAUGUCCGUCCCUACAAGUACUGGGAUGGGCAGAAGAGAGGACUUGAUCUCUCUGGUUUCCUUGCCGACUUGGAGAGCUGUCCAGAGCGUUCCAUCUUUAUUUUGCAUGCUUGUGCCCACAAUCCAACUGGCAUAGAUCCUACACACGAGCAGUGGAAGCAGAUUGCUGAAGUUAUGAUGAGAAGAAAGUUGUUUGCGUUCUUUGACUCAGCUUAUCAAGGAUUCGCUUCAGGCAGCCUAGAUAAAGACGCAUGGGCUGUCCGGUUUUUCGUCUCUAUGGGCUUUGAAAUAUUCUGCGCCCAAUCUUUCUCCAAGAACUUUGGCCUCUAUAACGAGCGUGUCGGCAACUUGACCGUGGUGGCCCGUGAUGCUGAUAACCUGAAGAGAGUUCUGUCCCAAAUGGAGAAAAUUGUGCGGACCACUUGGUCCAACCCACCGAGUAAUGGGGCUCGCAUCGUGGCCGUCACUCUCAACUCGCUCGAGCUCUUUGUCGAAUGGAAAGAAAAUGUGAAGACCAUGGCUGACAGGGUUUUGUUGAUGAGGGCCCAGCUGAAAGCCAAGCUGCAAGCUCUGGGGACGCCAGGAACCUGGGACCACAUUACAGAUCAAAUUGGCAUGUUCAGCUUCACUGGACUCAACCCCACACAAGUGGAAUACAUGGUGAAGGAGAAACACAUCUACAUGAUGUCUAGCGGACGCAUCACCAUGUGCGGGUUGACCAGUAAGAACAUCAACUACGUGGCUGAGUCCAUCCACGAGGCCGUCAGUAAGGUCCAGUAGAAGGGGUCCUCAUUCGCUGACACUGUUUCACAGGACACGCAAGUACUGUACAUUAUCGAAAUGCCAACCUGCAGCCAGAGGAGAGGACAUUUGGUCCAACCUACAAUACAAUUCUAAAAUAAAAAAUAAAAAAACAUAAGAGGAACUGUUUUUGAAAAAUUAAAUAACCACUAAUUGGAAAAAAGUUUUCCUCACCCCUGCUUUUAUAACAUUGAACUUUUCAGUAAUUGCCCCCUUGAGAGGUAAUUCAGUGUUCAGAGUGGCCAUUUAAAAGUUUUGUCAUUUCUAAUUUAGUUUUUAGUUUUAUCCUAUUACUGCUGGGACAUAGCCAGUAAGAGAUUCUGCACACUUUGAUUCUUGGUAAUGUAAAUUUAGCUCUUGGAACACUUUACAAGAAUUCAGCAAUGGCUAAAAUGAAGGUGCAUUACUGACAUUUAACCUGCUUAGAUGUCAAUUGUAUUCUAAGUGGGAACAUACAAUUUUGUCAUUAAAAAAUAAAAUAGCUUAAUGCUCCUUUCUUAAGACCUGAAACUUGUCAGUUAAUUGUAUGAAGAUGCUAAGGAAAUGCCAAAUUUGGUAUUAAGUUAAGCUAGAAAUGGGGACAUUUCCUCCUUGUGAUAAUGAAGUAUUACAGAAUGUGAUAGUUGAGUCGCUACUUACAAACAGAUUUGUUAAAACCACUAAUUUUAUUCACUGUAUUUUUGUGUCUUUUACAGGACAAUUAAAAAUCUCCAGUUAUUUUAAAACUUGUAUUAUUGGAGCUUUUAACAUAGACAUAAGACACGAAAGCUUUAUUGUCUUUAGUCUUAAUGUGCUCAUAAAUUCAAGCUAUAAAUGUUCUUGAGAAAAACACAAUAAAUGCAUUUAGAUCA